UAGGUUGCAAGUUUGCUUUGUGAAAUAAAUCAGUGGAUUAUCCAUGUCGAAGGAGGGAAAAUCUAACGACUUGUCACGUUCAUGCCCCAAUAUAUCAGAGAUAGCCCUAUCUGCACAAAAAUUUUCAGAUCAAUUAACGCGAGUGGGCAUCAUAUCACUAACGACCGGUGGGCCGCAAACAAAUGGGUUAAAGCCUCAGGAACGUGUUCUGCCUGUUUCAACACCAGCUGUCCCUUCACUGGAGAUAUCCGACGCAAGCCGAACAGGAGAAAAUUCACUUAGUAAGAAAUGGAAGUGGUUACUAAAAAAGUACAAAAAUAACAAAUUCAAAGGCAUAAACAAAAAACCCCCAUCGGAAUCAAGCAAGAGAAACGACGAGUAUUCUAUCGCUCAUACUGAUCUCUCAUCAAUCCUGUACAACCGGAAUAACACUGGUCGAGCAUCUGCAGAUCCGAGCGUCUAUAUUGGUCGAGCAAGCAGAACGAGUUCUCUCACUCGGAGGUCAAGUACGGAGCUCCCGUGGGGGCAACGAGGAUGCGAUCCUACCUCCAAAUAUCUACCUCGAAGCUCACAAGAUGUACUCACAGCAUCAACGUCUAACCGCUCAUUGCAAGCUUUUCCGAAACAUCGACUAAACAGUGCAUCAGACUGCCGUGACCAUCUUGCUUCGAAUCCAUCACUUAUUGCAAUGGGUCGUGGCAAAUCAGCGACGCCGGAGUACCAGUCAUCUGGCAUACAAAGUCGACACAACAGUUUGUUAAGAGGUGGCUCAUUCAACUUGGUCUCGGGGGAAAGUGAGUUGGGCAGUUCGCAUCGACCGACAAAGACAUCCGAGACUGAAUGUGUGCCAAAGAGGUCACAGGAGAAAGUGAUUGGGAAAGGGAAUGUGGAUAAACGGAAAUCGAGCAAAAUCACUACCGUGUUUCACAGAUCUCCUGUGAUUCCCGCAACCGGGUCGUACUAUUCAUUGGCAUCGGGGCCGCACGGAAAUUAUCGUGUGAUUUUGAACAAGAUAUUUCGCUCACAUUGGCCUACACCUAGAGAAGUCGAACUAUGGAGUCAGUCUUUCUCCCACGUUCUCCACGAUAAAUCCGGAAUUCUCGUAUUUCGGGAGUUUCUGCGAACGGAGUUUAGCGAUGAAAAUAUUGAAUUCUGGCUUAUUUGCGAAGACUUUCGAAAUAGCGUUGGUUCGAAGAAGUUGCAAACUCGGGCACAGAAAAUUUUCAAUGAAUUUGUUGCUGCACAAGCCAAGCGAGAGGUUAAUCUGGAUUCAAGCACUCGCCUUCAACUGGAAAAAGACAUGGAUUCUGUCACGAAAAAUACGUUUGACCAAAGUCAAAAACGCAUUCAAGCUCUGAUGGAAAAAGACUCAUAUUCACGAUUUCUUCGCUCUGAAUUAUAUUCUGCCACACUUGAACUAAGUCGUGAACAGGAGGCUCUCAGAAACCAACCGAAUCGCCUCGGUUUGGAUCUGCGUGCCCUGAGGUUUGGCCCCGUCAGUUUUAGAAAAACCACGGAAUCGACUGAGUACAGCAGAGACUCAGCAGUUCCUGGUCUGCUUCCGCAAGUGAAAACACCCAGGAAAAUUGCUGGCUCAUCCGCUCAACACGAAACUGGUAGUCAUUCGGCACCUUCCUCACCGAAACAACAAAGGGCUGGUUUAUAUUGAUCUCCUGAAUCAAUGAAUCGGUAGAUCUGGAUCAUACUGAACAAAAAAUAUUUCUCAUUCUGUGCAUUUGUUAUUUGCCUCCGUGGGUUUUAUCCGAGCUGUAUGUUGCUGGCAAAUUUAGUGUAAAUACCAUUCGACACAGCGCAGUCAUUAUGUUGGAAAAAAUCCGGUACAUAUUUCCGGUGAAAUCCACUUGUCCUUAAC